UCCUGGCGAACUUCGGAUACUCGACGUCACGUAGCCGUUAGACGAGAACAUCAAACAUUCACUAAAUCAUUACUGUACUUCUCUGUGACCGUUAGUCAUAGAAUCACAAUGUUUGAAGCCUAUUCUAGUGACGUUGCUUGGAUCGUAACUCUUGGUUUUAUAAUUGCGUUCUUCCUGGCUUUUGGUGUGGGAGCAAAUGAUGUCGCUAAUUCUUUCGGGACAUCUGUGGGAUCAAAAGUGCUGACAUUACGUCAAGCUUGUAUUUUGGCAACAAUUUUUGAAAUUCUUGGAGCACUUCUUAUGGGUUUUAAGGUUUCUGAUACUGUGAGGAAAGAUAUAUUCGACGUAAGCAUGUAUGAUGAUGAACAAAAGCUUCUCAUGAUGGGCAAUAUGGCAGCUCUCGCUGGAAGUGCUGUAUGGAAUAUUCUUGCUACCUUUUUACGUCUUCCAAUCUCUGGGACCCAUAGCAUUGUUGGUGCUGUUCUUGGCUUCACAUUCGUCGCCAAAGGAUUUCGAGGCAUUCAGUGGAAAACGCUUGGUUUUAUAGUUUCAUCUUGGUUUUUAUCACCUGUUCUCUCAGGACUUGUCUCUGUACUGAUAUUUGUCUUCAUAAGAAAGUUCAUCCUAAGCAAAGUAAAACCAGGUGAAGCUGGUCUUUUAUUCCUUCCCUUUUUUUAUGGAUUCACAGUGUUUGUGAAUGUAAUCUCUGUUGUUUUAGAUGGUUCGCCAGUUCUGGGUUUGGACCGUCUACCAUCAUGGAUUGCAGUAAUCAUAUCUGUUGUCAUUGCUGUUACAGUUGCCAUAGUUAUUCGUUUCUACGUAGUGCCUAAAGAAAGGAAAAGAGCCGAAGCAACGCGACCUGAGAAUGAAAUACCUUUAGAAAAUCCGAUCUCAUCGGUGGAUAAUUUCGAGCUUAAUGACAGCAAUCCAGAAGUUGCAAAACUUUUUAAAAGUCUUCAAGUCAUGACAGCGAUUUUUGGCUCCUUCGCUCACGGUGGCAACGACGUUAGCAAUGCUAUUGCACCAUUAGUCAGCCUUUGGUUGAUAUACUCCAAAAAUGUAGAUGGAAAUACACCUGCCUGGCUUCUCAUUUACGGCGGAAUCGGCAUUAGUGCAGGCUUAUGGGCUAUGGGAAGAAAAGUUAUUCAAACUAUGGGCCAAGAUCUCACGAAAAUUACGCCAACGAGUGGAUUCACAAUUGAAAUUGGAUCUGCAACUACAGUUUUAAUGGCAUCAAAAAUAGGCCUUCCAAUAAGCACAACACACUGCAAAGUAGGUUCCGUGGUAUUUGUAGGAUUUGUUCGAGCUCGCAGCACUAAAGAAGUGGAUUUGAAAUUAUUUAGGAACAUAGUACUUGCCUGGCUUGUGACACUUCCCUUUACUGCUCUACUUUCUGCUUUUGUAAUUUUAAUUCUGUAUACAACGACAGUUCCAUGAAAAUUUGAGUAAUUAUUCAUUUCUAUUUAUGUCUUAACUAUAUCACAUGUACAACAUAAAAAAUCAGUGCUGUUUUAUUGAAGAAAGUCUAUCAAUGAGUUCAUUCAAAUUUCAAGUUUAUUUCCUUUUUACGAGCAAAAAUACAAGUAAGGCAUGCCAGCAUAACAUUAACAACAAAAUAAUGAUUAUCAAAUAUCAUGUAACAGGAAAACAUUAAUAAAGAAACAUUAAUUCUUUCUCUUGCAUUAAUAUAUAUAUAUAUAUAUAUAUAUAUAUAUAGUAAAGUGAGCACAGAUGUUUAGCAAUGCACGAUAAGCUGUUGAACAUAAAACUUUUUUUUAUUAACCAUCGAAAAAACGAAUGGGCUCAAUAUAACAAUACACAUAUUUUAUAUGAAUUACGAGAUAGUUUCAAAAAGGAAAAAUUUACUAAAUUAUUGGAAGUAUUACAGGAGAAAAACGAGGGUGGAAGUUUGUAAAAAAAGUUUGAAACUCAGAACACUUUAGAAAUUAAUAUAUAAGACCAGUUAGUCGAGAUUUUAAAAUUUACUAGUAAUUUUACAAAAUACACGUAAUACAAAUACAUGACAAUACAUUUGCAAUAAACAAUUAAUAAAAACACAUAUAAAUAAGUUGAGUUUAUGACUCAGAUAGAAAUAUUGUAAUUUUUCUCGCUGUACGAAUAGUAGAUAACACUUCUUCAGACACAAUGAUAGAUAGUUACAGAUCUUAAGAAUAGUUAACUUUGCCAAGCACAAUAAUGAAGAAAUUUCGAUAAUUGCUUUGAAACGGAAAAUUCAAAUAAUAUCAUUUCAUCAGUACGCCAUGUUAUAACAAGCUUAUACAUUAAAAUGCGACAUAGAAUGCAACGCACUGCUUCAAAACAUGUAAAUUAAAAUGGGACAGGUAUGCCACAGAUUUUUCAGGGCGCUCACAUCUUUUAACACAGUGAGAUUAAAAGAUUUAAUAAAUGUGUUAUAAAUACUGUCAUUAAAGUAUACGGCCUGAAAGUCUAGUAAAAUAAUAAGUCCGAAUGUGUGAUUACCUGUAUGCACACCCAUAUACAUAAGUAUGCAUGUACAUACGCGCGCACACACACUAUAUACACAUAUAUCCAUUUAAACGAAAACUUCACAUUUGAUUCACACAGUGAAUACUCGAGACUUUCUACAUAACAACAAAAAAAGCUUGCAAUAAAACUAAAAACGUAUAUUUAUGCAUUAAGAAAAACACUCAUUUAUUUAAUUUAAGCACAAACAAAUAUUGCACAACAUACAAAUUAGCACUUAAUUCUUUCACUUGGAUAUGUACUUUACAGAAGAAUGGAUCUGAAAAAGGAUUUAAGCGUUCAGAUGCUGCAACAAAAUAGUAUAACAUGUCUUUAAAAACAAAGAUAUUAUUCUAAAAAAAAUAAAUGUGGAUAAAAUUUCAUCAACUCAAUAAUUUUGUCUGAAUUUUAACGUUUGUGAUUGUGAGAUAUGAUUUUUAGUGAGUACAAUGAAGUUUAAUACUGAAAUUUAGUUCUUUUGAUCAAAUAACACGGGCUCAUAAAUUUUUAUUUAACCACAAGCUUUAUGUAAGCUUGUAACCUUUUGAAUGUUUAUGAAAUUCAGAAUCAUUGCAAACCCACAUUUGCUGGUGGAUGAGGGAGCAGAAUAUGAAAAGCUAAUUGAUUCUUUAAGCAGAUUCAUGUUAAUGGGGGAAAUUCUUGAACUUUACAUACGAUAUAUUUGCAAGCAUACAACUGCGUUUCAUUAUUUAAAAAUAAUAAUAGACAUUAACGUCCACAAAAAGAAUUUUAAAACUUUCUGAAUAAAGAACUGGCAACACAGAACAUAGUAUGUUAUAUUAAACAAAAAUACAUAUUCGCAGGAGCCGCCCUUCUGCCUUAUAUCAUGGUUCAUUUGAAAUAUUAUAUCCGCAAGACGUAAAUAUUUGUAAUUUAUUUCUGCAACAAGAAUCUAUGAUUUUUACAAAAUUAAGCAUAUGUUUCCGACAUUUAGCACAAGCACUCAAAUCAAUUGAUUUCACUUAUAAUUAUUCAUUUUAUUCCACAUACAUCCCAUGGAACCCUUUUCCCAAUUUAUGGUGCUUGCUUUUAUGCGUAAAAUUACAACAUUCUCGAAAGGUCCUGAGCACCGAUCUCACCGAUCUUAACGCCUGCGUUAAGAUCGGUGAGACAUAUUAAUCAUUUUCACUUUUUUCAUGUGAGUGAUUAAUGCAUACUUAAAAUUUUUUCUCAAAGGGGGGGGGAAGAUACACACAUCUGAUCAUAUAUGAAAAGAAUUAAAUUAAAUAUACUAUUCAUGAUUUGCCGUUCAGUAAGCUUAAGAUCUACACAUAUGAACAGCUGUUCUUCAAUUGAAAAAAAAAAAAAAAAAAAAAAAUUAACAAUGCUAUAUAACUCACCCAAAUCCAGUGUUUCUCUUUCCUAAUUAACUUUAAUAUUUUAUAGUAGGCGAAAGAAACAAACUUGUGUUGUUAGAAUUAAUUUAUUUUCGUUUUUUGUGGUUUAGUGCAAUCAAAGCACAGCUGCAAAUUCCUUUCACCAAGUCUUUGAGAAAAGGUAUUUCUCCUUGCAUCAGAAUUUUGAAGCAGCCACAGCUACGAAGCACCGGUAGUUAGUAUUGGAUUCAGUCUUGGCGAAUGAAGUUCUUUGCAUGGCCUUUUUGUAGGUUUUCCCUUCGUGCAAUGUAAAUACGAGCCAGUUUCUCUUAGGGGAUACUUCAGAAAGGUAUAUUCCUCUCCUUAGGCAAAUAUUCCUUGAGUGUUUGUCACAAUAAACUAGUUUUAAUCCCUAAGCCAUACAUCCCUUUUGUGCUCUACCAUAUUUAAUUCAACUUAAAAGAAAAAAAUGCUAGAAAUGUUUUUCCUUAAAUAUGAGGUAGUCUUAAUGAUCCUACUAAUAAAGUAGGCCCAGGAUGGAAUGCUUUAAACUGAUGAACAAUUAAAAUGUGAAAUAUAAAAAUAUACAAAUACAUUGCCAUGAUUUAUGGCUCAGAUCAAUCAUUGACCAAACAAAUAGUUACAAAAUUUAAUCAUAAAAAACUGUCUGCGUGGAUAAUACUAGAAUUUCACAAUGACGAGAUUUCAUUACGUCCAUUAAAAUAGAAUUACUGUAAAUUCAUAUUUUGGAUGUUUUUCCAUGCAUGGCAUAAAGUAACUAGAUAAACGUCAUUCAUUUUAAAAAUCUGGAAAAAUUUUCCUUUUGACUUUUCGAGUACAAUUUUGACUAAAAAUUAUUUCGCAGACGACAGAAAUGGCAAAAUGAAAAUGAGAAUUGGGUCACUAUACAAUUUUCUUUUGCCAUUUCAGAAAUACUAUAAAGCUUUUUCAGUAUUUUUGUACUUAACAGAUUUACUAAUAGAAUCAAGAAAAAGAAAUCAAAUUCCACCUAUUUCCAAUCAUCCACCCAGAACAGAGCACACGCGAAAAGAAAUUUACAGUUUACAGAAUUUUAAUGAAACAUAGAUUAAUGUCAAAUACUAUCAAGAUCAAAAACAGCAUUCAACUAUAUUUUCGAUGCAAUCCCGUGUAAUACUCUUACUUGUGUCCAUUUCAAAUGCAGCAAAUGUGCGAGUGAAUUUUUUUCGCUAGCAUAUGUAAUGAACCAAUGCAGAAAACAUUAGCCUGUAUUAACUUCAGAGAUCAUACGCAAUUAACUGGAGAUCCUCCAAAUUCUAUGGUUAAAAAAUAUUUAAAACUAUCAACCAGGUAUAUCGGUGUUAGAAUUUAUAAUAAAUAUAGUACACAUAGAUAGUAAAACUUGUAUUUAAUCUGUAGAUCUCAAACGUUUAGAAAUACAUAAGAACGUUGUUUAUAUAUCUCUGUCAUAAGCCUUUCUUAGACGUAAAAUUUCCUAUAUCAAAAAAAAAAAAAAAAAAAAAAAAAAAAAACACCCAACUAAAA